AUUGAAAAACUAGGAGAUUGUAUUCCCAUCAAAGCAGAUGAUUAUCAUUAUCAAAUAUCUUGUUUUGACGGGAAUCAAUACAAUGUUGACUUGAAUGAAUGGACAUGUGGUUGUAGAAAGUGGGAUUUGAGUGGCAUCCCAUGUAAACAUGCAAUCAGUGCGAUCGUUAGUCAAGGCUAGAAAAUCGAGAACUUCACACAUAGUUGUUACAAAGUGGAGACUUAUAAAGUUGUUUAUGCUCCUGCCAUUAUGCCAAUGAGUGGCAGAAAUGAAUGGAGAAAAUUAGACUUUAUUCCUCCACUACCUCCAAAAUUUGUUAAUCCUGGUGGCAGGCCUUGUGGAAGGCCAAUAAGAGCAAGGAGGCGGGAAUUGGAUGAGCCUGAAAAGAAGAAGAGAAAAAUAUCAAGGGGCAAGCCAAAGGUGAUUAAAAAUGCAUAUCAGCUGAAACGGCAACAAAAAACUUUAAAAUGCAGUCAAUGUGGUGUUGAGGGACACAAUAAAAGAGCUUGCAAAAUGAGGGAUGAUAAUUCGAAAGCAACACAAACUGAGGUGGCGAGCAGUGAGGUUGGUAAUCAAACUCCAAAGUUUCAGGCUGGAGAAAGAAUAUUUCAAGAUAAACAAUAUCAAGAUGGAAGUUCUACCGAAAGACUCAUAAGCGCAAGUUUUCUCAACAAGUUCAUCUCAUUUACUUACAUUGAUUAAUUUUAUUUAUAUUUGAAUUAAACUUAAUAUUUUUAUUUAUGUAGCAAGUG